AUGGCGAUGGACGAGGUCCAGUUCGGCGACGACUUUGGCCAGAAGAUCGACCUCACGGUGCGCAUCCGCGAGAUCCUCCGCAACUACCCGGAGGGGACCUCGGUGCUCAAGGAGAUGGUGCAGAACGCCGACGACGCGGGCGCGACGACCAUCUCGUUCUGCCUCGACAAGCGCACGCAUGGCGCCGAGCAUCUCGCGUACACGAAGCUUGCAUCCUUCCAGGGCCCCUCGCUCCUCGUGCACAACGAUGCGCGCUUCACGGACGCCGACUUUGCGUCCAUCCAGCGCAUUGGCGACUCGCUCAAGAAGGAUGCGUCCCAGGGCUGGAAGACGGGAUUGGCUUCAACUCGGGUGCGCCAUCAGCACGCUUACGGCAGCCACAUUGUCAUGUUUGACCCGCAUGCGUGCCACUUGCCCAAUGUGAACCCGAGCAACCCCGGCAAAAUGAUCAACUUUAUGACGCGGCGCGAUCUCCUCGAGCAGUACCCCGACCAGUUUUGUCCGUUUGAAGGGUUUGGCUGCGACCUCCGAUCGCCCUUUGAUGGCACGACGUUCCGCCUGCCCCUGCGCACGCCCGAGCAAGCCAAGACAAGCAAGCUCACGUCCCGGGCGCAAACGCUUGCCUCGGUCUCCCAGCUCCUCGACGAUUUUGCCCACGAGUCGACAAUGAUGCUCCUCUUUCUGCGGAACGUGACGACGAUCCACAUUUCGCAGUGGGAGACGGGCCAGUCGGCGCCGACACCGCUGUACACAACGAGUAUCACCAACUUGUCGCGCGAUCUACAAGCGCAGCGCAGCCAGGCAUCGCUCAAGGCACAAACGUUUCCGCUUCAUGGUCAGAUUUGCGACUACCCGCUCAAAAUUACGACCCGUGACUUUGGCUCCAACAACGAGGCGACGUCGACGUGGCUUAUCUGCAACCAGCUGGGGGGCAAGGAGAGCACGGCGAUGGCGACCGACCCCGAGAACGCCUCGCUGCGACUCGUGCCCUACGGCGGAGUCGCUGCAAGCUUGGAUAUCUCGACACCGCUGCAAGGCCGUGCGUUCUGCUUCUUGCCACUGCCCGUCGAAACGGGGCUUCCAAUCCACGUCAACGGGUACUUUGAGCUCUCGUCCAACCGGCGCGAUGUGUGGUCGGGCGACGGCCUCACGGGCGAAGGGCUCUUGCGUGCGCAGUGGAACACGAGCCUUUUAGCGUCGGUCAUUGCGCCUUGCUACGCGCGCGCGAUCGAAGCCAUGACGCAGUACCACACUUCGCCACACCUCUUUCCGUUGCAGCUGCCGCUGCCGCCGUGGCAGGCGCUCGUUACCUCGGCGCUGACGCAUGUCGCCGACAAGCCGUGCUUGUAUACGCUGACAAAGACGUUUGUCGCACCAAAAGACGCGCUUGUGCUUGGGCCGUCGCAGGACAAGGACGCGCUGGAGCCGCUGCUUGUCCACGACGGCCUCGGCCUCGUGUCGCUGCCGCCACCACUGCAGACGCUGCUUUGUGCCACCAAGACGAUUCCGAUCGAGUUUGGGCCGCGCCACGCACGGGCCUGGUACCGGACGCAUACGACGUGCCACGGCAGCAAUGCGGCCGCGAUGCACACACUGCUCGCGUUCGUGCUGCGCGACGGACCGCGCGACGACCUCGACGGCGUCCAACUGCUGCCACUCAUGGACCACUCGGUGGGGCGGUUUGUCAUCCAAGCCCCUGUGGACACAACCGGCUUGCAGCAGCUUCUCUCGAUGCAGUUUCCGCGGUCGUUGUGCGUUGCCGCGCUGCAAAAGCACGAGAACGACGCACAAGCCGCGCUCGAGUGGCUCUUGACGGGUCCUUCGGCGACCAUGUGUACGAGCAACUACUACCUCUGCUCGCCGCUCGAAUUGAAGCUCUUUGGCGCCAGCUGCCGCCAACGCCUUGUCGACAUGGAGGCUAUUGGCGACUGCAAAGCGAUGCUAUUGGCGCUCGCGGCACAUGUAAACGUGCAAGUGAUGGGCGUCCAGGACCUCGGCGAUUUCUUCCCGCUCGUGUUGCCGCCACACUGGGCGCGGCAGUCGCGCGUCGCGUGGUCGAUCGAUGCAACCGACCUCCCGACGCUCGCGUGGUUUCAAGACCUCUGGGCGUACAUUGGGAACAGCCCGAGCACGCUUCUCGACCUUUGCGACCAGUGGCCGAUCGUGCCGACGCAGAACGGCGCCGUGUGCAGCCUCCGGAAGCAAUCGUCGAUUCUGCACACGGCGUGGCUCGCGCCGUCGAUCGUUGCCAUCCUCUUGCGCAUGCAAGUCGAUGUGUUGGCGCACGAUCUCUUCCGCACCGAAGUGUCGUCGGACGUCUGGACGUACUUUCAGCAACCGACACCGGAAGGCGUCGUCGCGUCCUUGUCCCGGGACCGCGUCGAGAUGCUCUCAGCGGCCGAGCGCGACGAGCUCCGGACGUAUAUUUUGUCGCUGCACUGCGACGACAUGAGCGCGUCGACGGUGCAGGCACUGCGAUCGUUGCCGCUCUUCCACGGCUUUGGCGUCCGCGAGGCGAACGCGGUGGUAUGGGACGAGGCCGACGACCGCAGUCUCUUUGUGCCGCUCACGCCCGGGCUGUGUGUCGCCCCCGAGAUCGAGCCGCGACUUCUGGACGGCCGCUUUGUCGUGCAUCCCGAGCUAUCCAAGAAGGUGCUCCAUAAGCUCGGGCUCCCGACGAUCUCGUGCGUCAAUUUCUUUAUGACGAGCAUGUUUGCAGCCGACGUGUGGUCGACGUUGCAGAUCGAGAUGCAGCUCUCGCUGCUCGAAGCCUUCUUGCUCCACGUGACGACGUUUGUGCGCGACGAUCCGCGCUUCAUCGGACGUGCCCAGCAGCUGAAGGUGUUUGCGACCAUGACGGGCUCGUGGCGCUACGUCACGGAGCUCUACGAUCCGGACAUUGAGGCGUUUGUCGACAUGAUCGAGCCCAGCUGCUUUCCAUCGGCGUCGCUCCAGACGCCAGCGUACCUCGGGGCACUGCGUCUUUUGGGCAUGCAGCAGAUGCUCACGCGAUCGUCGGUGCUGCACAUUGCCGAGGUCAUUGCGACAACGCAGGCUGACGACGAGACGACGCGCGUCGAGUUUCAAAGCCGCACCAAAGAGUUUGUCAAGUAUGUCGAUGCACACGCCGACCGCCUUCUCCAGCCCCAGCUUCUUCAAGGCUUUUUGGACAGCCGGUCGUCCACGCUCCAAGACGACGACGAGGACGAGGUGGACGAAGCCGCGUUGCAGUCGGAAAUGCAAGACAUCAUUGCCUUCCGGGAACAGCUCGUGCUCUUGGCGUGGAUGCCCGUGCUGCAGACGCCGCCGUAUGCCUGCCUGCCGUGGCCGUCGUCGCCACCUCUCGUUACGUCACCGCUCGCGAUCCGACCCGCCGAGACGCAGUGGCUCUGCUCGGCGAGCUUUUUUAUCCUGGACGGAGCGAUCUCGUCGGUGUCGCUGCGUCAGCUUUUCGGGUGGGACGCAUCCCAUGCGUUGCCCGUGCUUCUCCGGCAGCUCGUGGAGCUCCAUGCGACGUUCCACGCCAUUGGCAGCGACGACACGCAUCUCGCACGACUGGCAGCGCAGGUGCCGACGCUGUAUGCUGCGCUCGCUGCGUACCUCGUGAACGAUAGCAACGCUGCGAACGUCAUGCAGAACGCGCUGCACAACGUCCCGUGGCUCUGGAUCCGGGACCGCUUUUGGCGCGCCGACCAAGUCGCUUUCGACUCGUACGUGCACGCGCACGAGUACCUCGCGGUCGUGCCAAAGGAGUUGCUGCCGUACGAACAUCUCUUGUCGGCGCUUGGCGUGCGUCGCCGUUUCCACGCGCGCGACUAUGUCGGCGUCCUCGAAGCCAUGUUUACGGCACACAACAACAACAACAAGACGCUCUCGAAAGAAGACGUGGCGCUCGCGAUCCAACUCGCGCAGACGCUCAGCGACGAGGUAUCGACGGGCCUCGACGUGUACCUUCCGACCGCCAGCAAUGCCCUGCAAGUGGCGUCAUCACUCCUCUUUAAUGACGCGCCGUGGCUCGCGCAGCCCCCGGGUCUUGUGUUUGUGCACCCGCAACUCUCGAACGUGGUCGCGGGCAAGCUGGGUGCUGUCUCGUUCCGGUCGUCGCUGCUGCGUAGCUCGUCGACGGCGCUCGACGGACUUGAGCCCGAGGCACUGGAUGGGGUGACAGCAUUUGGCCAGUCCGAGCCGCUCACGCGCCGCCUCGCACACAUUCUGGAGCAGUACCCCGAAGGCACGAGCGUGCUCCACGAACUCGUGCAGAACGCCGACGACGCGGGCGCGACGCGUGUGAGUGUCUGCCUCAACCUCGCCACAUACGCGACGUCAUCGCUCUUGAGUGCGCCCAUGGCCGCGUGGCAAGGUCCCGCCUUGUACUGCUACAACAACGCGGCGUUCCAGGAGCGGGACUUUAUGAACCUCGCGCGCAUUGGCCAAGGCAGCAAGCUCCACCGCGUCUCGACCACCGGGCGCUUUGGUCUUGGCUUCAACUCGGUGUACCAUCUCACGGAUUUACCGUCGAUCGUGUCGGGAAGCUCGCUCGUCAUGUUUGACCCGCACGCGACCUUUGUGCCCAACGCGACGGCGACGCAGCCAGGCAUCAAGAUCAACUUUACAUCCUCCAACGUCAUUGCGCAGUUUCCAGACCAAUUUGCGCCGUACAAGCUCUUUGGCUGCACCCUCGAGGAGCCGUACCACGGGACCCUCUUCCGGUUCCCGUUCCGCACCGCGGGCGUGCACAGCGAGAUCAAGCGGGCCGCGUACACGGAGCACGACAUGCACGAGCUCAUCACGCAGUUUCAGUCGUCGUUGGCCGCGACGAUGCUUUUUCUCCGGCACGUCGAGCACAUUGCGGUCUACAUCAAGAAUGACGACGAUGGCUGUGAACCGCGCCUCUUGUACGAAGCCACCGUGCCGCCGCGCCCGUCGAACGCCCUCGACGCGUUUGCGAGCAAGGACGCGUUCUAUCGCCAGUUGCAGCGUCAGGCGGCGCCGAGUAUCGACCACCACGUGCUCUCGGUGACGCUCUCGGAGCCGGGCAAUGCGGCGCCGCUGACAGAAACGUACCUCAUGGCCAUCGGCAUGGGCGCGGGCAGUGCCAAGGCGAUGGCGCUCCAGCACCCGGAGCUCAAGCUGAUCCCAUAUGUGGGUAUCGCGGCGCGCUUGGAUGUCGUGCCAACGCUGCUCGACGGCCGUGCCUUUUGCUUUUUGCCGCUGCCCGUCAAAGUCGGUCUGCCCGUGCACAUCAACGGGUACUUUGAGCUCUCGUCGAACCGACGAGACAUUUGGCACGGCGAUGACAUGACGGGCGAAGGACGCAUGCGCUCCGAGUGGAACAAGGCGCUACUCGUGGACGCCGUGGCGCCGACGUAUCUCUCGCUCCUUCUUCACGUGCAAGCCAUGGUCUCGAACGAACACUAUUUGGCGCUCUUGCCGCCGCAGCGACCGCCGUCGCCGUGGUCGGCCGUCGUCGACACGCUCUACGCCCGCGUCGGCGCUCACAAACUCGUGUAUUGCGAGACGUCCGGGGCAUACGUGCCGUUCAACAUGGUCCUCGCCUUGGACCCGGCGUUGGCCUCGGCGCGGGCGACGGAAGUGAUGGAAAUCCUGCGCCUGCAUGGUCUCUCGUAUGCGUCGUUUUCGCCGCCGUUGCACGCCCUUUUGCUGGAGAAGAACGUGCUCCUUGGAGCGACGACGCCAAGCACGUUUCGCCAGCUCGUCCACGCCGAGCGAAUCCGGCUGCAGACGUUGCCACCACAGCUCGUGCCGGCGCUCGUCAAGCUCUGCGUCGACGACAUUCGCGACGAGGCGCAGCUUGAGAUGCUGCAUGCACUGCCGCUCCUUGUGCUGCGGGACCAAAGCGUGCGGUCGAUUCUUCUUCGCGGCCAAGGCGACGCGGUCUAUGUCUGUUCGUCGGUCGAGCAGACGCUCCUCGAAGGCAUGUGCCCGCACCUCGUGCUCAACAUGGAGCUCUGCGGCAGCAUUUUGCGGGCGCUUCCCGGCUUUGUGACGAGCGCGAACGUCAAGCUCUUUGAUCUGCACGAGCUCGGAACGAUUGCCUCGUCGCUGUUUCCGCCGGCGUGGCGUCAAAAGCCGCGUGUGCCGUUCGUCGCGCACCCGAGCCGCCCAAUGGCGUGGUGGAAGGCGCUCUGGAGCUACGUGGACGACCAGAUCUUGAACGGCCGCGACGUUCCGACGUCGCUAUUGCAAUGGCCGAUCAAGCCCGUGCGCAUCAACACGUCCAACACGGCGCUCAUGCCGCUCGACGCCCCCGUGCUCGCGUCGCUCCAAGGGCUGCGCGGGGACCGAGACAACAUCUUGGACUUUCUCAAGGACCACGACUUGUACGUGCUGGAUACCUCGCUCUUCCCGAACGAGCGCUGUCCGUCGUGGAUGUUAUCGUCUGGCUUUGCGUUUGCGUGCGAUGCGCCGGGUCUUUUGAGCCUCUUGAGUCGUGGCACGGCGAUUGCAGCGAUUCCGCUGCCGGUUGCACGCGCGUUUCGGGCGCUCCUGGUUGAGGCCGACUGUGCGACGCUGUCGCUGGCCAACCAGGCAACGGCGCGAUCGCUACCGAUUUUUGAGCUCUCGACGCUGGGCGGUGCGAGCACGCUCGUGGCCUUGGACAGCGCGACGUACCUGCUGCCGCCCCUCGGCUUUGCCUACGCGCCUCCACCGCUGCUGUCCGUGGCGUCUCUGGACGAGCGCGCCUUUUGCAUUGCCGCGGGGCUGGCCCAAGUGUCGCACGACGACGCGCUCCUCGACCACGUGUUGCCGCACUUGACGUUCUUUGACGAGCAUAUGCAGCUCGAGCUCUUGGUCCAAGAGGUGUUUCUCCGGUACGCGAGCAUGGCACCGGCCGUCCAGACGCGGCUCCGGGAGACGGUUCGCGUCCCGACGGCCGACGCGAACAGCGCGCCCCGGCUUUUGCACGAGCUCCACGACCCGACGUCCGAGGCCCUCCAAGGCCUCCUUGGACCAUCCAGCUUUCCGACACCACUGCUCGCGGCGCACCUGGCCGUGAUGAAGGACAUGGGCCUGCAGCAGUCGAUCUCGUGCCUCGCGAUGCUCGAGAGUGCACGCAGCAUUGAGACGGCGCCGGACGCGAUGCGUGCGGCGUACCUCCUCGGCGUCGUCAACCAGCACCUCGACGCCGUGUACGCGCCCGAGAGAGACAUCGAGGCCGUUGCCGCGCUCUGCGCCGUGGCGUGGCUGCCGAUUCAGACGUCGCGACCCUUGGAGGUGUUGCCGUGGACGGUAGCGACAGGUGGUGUCGCGUCGCCGCGUGCCACGUGGCCCCAAGAGUGGAUGUGGUAUGGCUCGGCGACCAAGUGCAUUUUGAACGGUCACGUGACCUCGAACGUCUUGCGCGACGCGUGCCAAUGGACGCUGUCGGCCGAUGUUGUCGCGCAGCAGCUCGUGGCGAUCGCCGAGCGACAUGCGUCGUCGGCCGUCGUGCUCGAUGACAUGACGUUUUUGCACCAGCGCGUGGCCAACGUGUAUGCGACGCUCGAGACAUGCAUUGCUGACCUGAGCGACGACGAGGGGUGGAAAGCGCCUUUGACGUCCGCGCCAUGGAUCUGGACCACCUCGAUGCGCUUUGUUCGCGUCUGCCAAGUGGCCCACGACGGUCCCGAGCACGUCGCCCCCGUCCUCGUCACGGUCGCUGACACGCGCGUGCCGUCGGCACUCCUUGAGGCGUUUGCAAUCAAAGCAAGCUUUGACACGGACGAUUACGUGCGCGCGCUGACGUUUCUGCCGCGUGAUGAACCGCUGCAGGCGUCCGACAUGGCGCUCGUCACGGUGCUCCUCGGUUUGCUCGAAAAAUCGCCCGACAGCGUCAACAACGUUUUACUGCCGGACGCGAAUGGCAUUCUGGCGCCCGCGACCGAGCUCGUGGUCGAUGACAUGGCGUGGCACAAAUCCAGUGACGCCAGUCGCGGCCGUCGGCGGUUUGUGCACCCAAGUGUGGUGCCCCAGGUCGCACUGCGCUUUGGCGCGGUCUCCAAGCACGCACUGGUGGCCAAUGCGUCGUCCAACAGCGUCAAGAUGAUGUGUCCGCAUCUCGUCGCAAUCAAGGCGCAUUUGCCCGAGGCCCACUACGCAUCCUGGGCGACCAAGCUGCUUCGUGACAUGCUCGACGUGGCCGAAGCGUUGGCGUGUCCGCGCGUCGAUGUGGUCGUGGAUAUGCGGGUGCAUGCCGACCAAAAGGUAUGUCGGCCGUCGUUCCAGGCGCUGCAACGCGACGCGAUUGUGUUUCAUUUGCACGACGUCCAUGUGCAGCCGGAGACGCUCUUUCUCAAGUACGGCAAAGGCUCGGCGGGUCUCCUAUCCGGUCUCUUUGUGAGCGACUGCGUCCAAGUGCUGAGCGGCACGGACUUUUACGUCAUCGAUCCGAGUGGCACGUACCUCGAGCAGGCGUCGACGCUGCGCUACAACACGCAAACGCCCGAGUUUGCAAGCUUCUCGGACCAGCUCGCGCCGUUUGUGUCGUUGCCGUCGCGCCAAAGCGGCACGAUUGUGCGCUGUCCGCUGCGCACGACGCCCGAUUCCAAGCUGCGGCCGGCGCUGACACGCCACGACGUCGACAUGUUUCUUACGACGGCCACUGCAUUUGCACCGACAUCGGUGCUCUUUUCGUCCUACUUGCGCCAGUUGAGCCUGUGGCAUUUGACGCCGGAGGUCCGGACGUGUACGAUCGACGUCGCGUUACAAAACGCAGACCGCGUCUUGAGUCAACGCCUCUCGCUGCUCCAGGACGACGAGUGGCGCAAGCCCAAGCCGACGGGCCUCUUUGGCAACGUCUUUAAGCGCUCCAUGACGCUGCCCGUUGCGAUCUCGGACGUGGCGAUCCAAGUCACCGCGCAGAAAGAUGUGGCCGUGCACCACUGGUGUGUGAGUGCCAACGUGGCUGUGGGCCGGACCCAGGACUUGGCGAAAUCGGUGCCAUCGCUCUCGCCGCACGCGUCGGUGGCGCAUCUUGUGCGCACGACGGGCAGCGCGACCGUACCGCGCAUCCGUGGCCAGCUGUUUGCCCCGUUUGCCACGGACGUUUACACGGGGCUUCCCGUGCACGUGCACGCUGGCUUUGGCCUGGACGCGCCGUCGCUCCACGUGCCUGUGCGGGGUCUGGGGCCCAAGAACCAUGCGAUGGACGAGUGGAACCUCGCACUCUUGGAAGACGCGGUCACGGAAGCCUAUGUGCAGCUGCUGAGCACGCUCAAGGCCAACGCCAUUGCCGCGAACGUGCCGCGGUUGCUCUAUGGUGCAUGGCCCGCCCUGCGUCGCUCGACGGAACUCGGCCGACUGGUGCAGCGCAGCAUGCACCCCAAGCUGUCGCAACUCGAGCUCUUCUUGUGUGGCGAUGGCAGCUACCGCCGCCUCACGGAGGGCUAUUUCAUGGAGCCGAGCAUGCCGCUGCAAGUCGCGGCGUAUGCGCGUCUGCACUUUCCCAUGUUUACCGUGCCGUCCAGCGUCAUGACUGCGACCACGUCGAUGCAGUCGACGCCGCGCCUCUUCACACCGCGUGUCCUUCGCGAAUGGCUCAAGCGCGUCGCGGCCUCGUCGCUGCAUGUCGGGCUGUGCCACGACCUGCUCGCCUACUGCUUGCGCGAUUUGACGCCCAUGACGUACGGUGAGCUCGCGGGACUGCCCGUCCUCGCGCUGGCCGACGGAUCGGUCGGCACGGUGCCGAAAGCCAGUCUCUUUUCAGCCAUUGCGGCCGAGCCGUUUAUUGUUGCGACGCUCGACCAGCAGUUGCUCUUGCCGAGCAUGCGCACCCGGUUCCUCGCUCUCGAGUUUUGUCGGGCGUUUGAUUUGACGAACGUGCGUUUGAUCAACGCACUGGGCGCGGUGCCGUUUUCCGUGACCUUUCUUGCGCAGCACAUUGCGAGCGAGCUUCCGCCAGCGUGGCGCAACAAGGACCGCGUCGUGUGGUCGCCAUCCCAAGACGUCGGCGUCUCUGCGCUCUGGCUCGGACGAUUUUGGAAGGAAGUCGGCAAGAAGGAGCAUGUCCAGCUCUUUCAUGCAUGGCCACUGCUCCCGAUUGCCGGCAAGCACGAGCUGCUUCGGUGCCGCUACAUGGACGACGUCCUCGUGCUCACGCCCGGCAGCGCGAGUUUGGACCUUGCGGCAUCGAUCGCGCAUCAGCGUCAGGUUGCGAUCGCGGACGAUGACGCGCAGCAUGCUGCGUACCUCCACGAACGCCAUGUCAUGGACGCGCUGGCCAAGCAAGAACUUCAUUUGGACGACGACGAGGAAGAAGAAGAAGGCGAGGGGGAGGCAGACGACGAAGCCAAGGACCUCAACGUCCCCGGGUCGGAGGUGGCGGUCGACGCCAGUGAGAUUUCGUUGGAGGUCGACGACGAGGCCGCGAAUCUGGCGGCGCAUGACGCGACGGUCGUCGAAGAAGAUGCCGCCGUCGUCUCCGAGUCGGAAGGCACGCGGCGGCUGCACCCGCUCUUGGCGCGCCUCGACGUUCCGAUUCUCGAGCUUGGCUUUGUCCCCGAGGCGCAGCACCACGAGUGGCUCGUCCGGCCCCGUGACGCGGCGCUCAUGAUCCUCUCGGGUCUCUCCAAGUGGUCCCAAGCGGGUCGAUUGCAAUGGCCAACGGCGUCGCAAGCCGACCGCGAAGAGCUUGUCGCGUACUUUGCCGACCACGGAACGCUUUACGGCGGCUUCAACCAGCGCCGAAAGGACCAGCUCCGGGGUCUCCCACUGUAUUACUCGCUCUUGGGCGACGAGUGCAUUCUGAGCCACGACACGUACUACCUUGUCGACGAGUCUGUCGCGGGGUUUCCGGCGUACCUCCCCGAGCACACGAAGCAGUCGUUUCUGCACGUGCCUCGGCCGUCGCUCCUCUCGUUCUUCAAGGAACUCGAUGUCGAAUGCCUGACCGAAGCCGACAUGGUCGCCAAGUUUGUGGUCGAUCGAUUCGACGCGUUUGAUGUGGUCCAGCGCACCGCGCUCCUCGACACGAUCCAGCGCAAGUGGCCGAUCUUCCAGCGAAAUGCGUCCCUGGUUGCAUUUCUGCAGACGACGCCGCUCUUUCCAACGCGCGAUGGUUUGAUUGUGCCGGCGUCAACGCUGCUCGACCCGACACACGCGGUCUUGGCGUCGAUCUUGUUGCCGUCGUUCCCUGAGUCGUUUCCGACGCCCGAGUACGCGACGCCUGCGUGGCUCGACAUUUUGCACGCGCUUGGUAUGACCCAUGAGCUCUCGACGACGGUCUUUGCGCGCUGUGCGAACCACGUGGCGUCGUGGCCGACCCCGCUCUCGUCCGAGCACGAAGCCGGCGCGCUGGCGCUUCAUGAAGCUUUUGCUCGUCACUACGACAAGUACGAGCGCGCACGAUCCUUCCUCGAGGAGCUUGCCUCGAUUGCGUUUGUACCGGCGAUCGAGCAUUCGCUAAGUGGCCCCGACCGCACCAUCUUGGCUCGGUACAGCGACUGCGCCGUGCCGUCGGACGAAGCUGUCGUCUUCUUCGCCAAGCCCAUUGUACUGGCCUACGCGGUGCCACCCCGCGUGCUCUGGCGCCGCCUUGACGUCGUCUCGCCGCCACCAGCCACCGAUGUGCUUCUGACGCUGGAGCGUGUGACGAGCGACGCCACCGUGCUCGACGACUGGUCGCACGCCAUGUCCGUCUCGGAGCUCUUUCAAAAGCUGUUUGCGUACUGUGAUGCGCACUGGGACAAGCUUGGACACGCGAUGCAGACGCGCCUCUGCGAGUUGCCCUUGCUGCCGAUUGGCACGCGCUUCGUCAAGGCAAGUCGCGUCUACGUGCGCCUCCCGGAGAAUCUCGCACCGUUCCUCUUUGAAGUGCCCCGCGCCUUUGGCGCCUACGACCAUUUGUUUGCGCGCCUCGGCACGAAAGAGUCGCCGUCCGCCAACGACUAUGCGCAGCUCCUCGCCGAACUCGCGACCGAGUGUAUGGUGCUCAACCUCAACGAGCUCCGUGCCGUCGUCAAGAUUGUGGCGUUGGUUGCCGAGACGGAGCUGACGCUCUCGUAUCCGCUCAUGCUGCCGACGACCACGCACGAGCUCGUGCCAUUGCACGUGUGCGUCGCCAACGAUGCGACCGCGCGCCGGCUUGCAGUCCGCAUGCACAUGCAACUCGCCUCGAUCCACGUCGUCCAUGGCAUGGUCAGCGACUCGGUUGUGCGCGCGCUUCACGUGCCGAGCCUCCUCGACCUCGUGGUCGAAGAGCUAUGUCCAGGGGAAGUCUUGACGCCAACGAUCGAGACGUCGGCGAUGACGGCCGUCUUGCGCUCGGAUGCCUUUGGUCGUGGCCUCGCCUCCGUGUGCGUCGGCAGUGAAGACGACAUGGUCGUGCGUUUCCGCGAGCACGGAAUCUAUGCUGUCGAGACGCUGUCUACGCGUCUCUACUUGCGCAACGGCCGUGUCGAUGUGACGAAAGAUACAUCGAGCCUCUGUUUCAUUGACGAGGCGACCAAGGUGCUCUACGUGACGACACCCGGGUCGCUGAGCCUCGCGCAAGUUGUUGCGCUCUGCAUUCAACGGUCGAUGCCGCACGCACUGCUCGACUGCUCGCCCGUCGUCGCGAUGUUGGAAAGCACGGACAUUCCGCAGACGCUCCAGUACCUCGGUGUUGGAAGUCGUCGGGUCUUGCAAGCGCGGGGUGUGCCUGGCGCGCCGCUCUGCGACGUGGACAUGCGCGCCCUCGAGCUCAAGCCGCUGCGAUCGUUCUUGCCGGGCGAGGUCGUGGCGAUCGAAGGAAGCAACCACGAGCAUGUCUACGCGACAGUUGUCGCCGAACAAACCACCUUUGGGCUCAAGCAAGUCCAGUUGUGCGUCGACACCAAGCAUACGACCAAGUGGCUGCCAUCGACCCAAGUGUUUUCGUUUCAAUCGGUGCGCCAGGCGUCAACGACGACCUCGGCGGCCACGUUGACGACGACGGCAGUGCAGUCGGCGGCUGUGACGUCGGUGCCGUCGUCGACGCCAUCGCUGCCCAUCUCGGAGACGCAGGUGCUCGACGCGGUCAACGAGCUCCUCGGGCGCGUCAACAUGAGUCUCAGCGCGCCGUACGAAGCACUCGUGCAAGAGACGCUGCGGCUCAAGCAGCGGUUGGCGCAUGCGGAGGAGAGCUACCGCGCCGCGUCCGAGCGCAUUGAGGAAGCGCUGGUCGAGAAGAAGGAAGUGCUCGAGGCCAUGACGUGCUCGGUCUGCUUUGAGAACGACGUCAACCGCGUGCUUGUCCCGUGCGGCCACGUGUUUUGCAGCGCGUGCGUCGGCCGGUUCCCGCGCAACAAGUGCCCGACGUGCCGCCAUGACAUUUCGACCCAUUGCGCCUUCCACAAGCCGUACUAAACCUCUUCUUGAUAGCUUGAUACGUUGUGAAUAUUCGCC